AGUAAUUAAAAAUGUAACAACCACAUCGGUGUUACCACCUUCAGAGCCAGUCCUUCAACGACCACCCACCGAGCAGGACAUGAAACGCUCCAAGCUGGCCCCGUUCCGUUCCGGUCUAAAGGACCUCCUCCUGGAGUACUGCUCCGGAAGUUCGAUCCAUGGCGUUCAGUACAUGGGCUGCCGGAACCGGUCCUGGUGCGAACGGUUCUGGUGGAUAGUGGUGUUCACGAUGUCCGUUGGAAGUUGUGCCUUCUUGAUUCGCGAGACCUACGUGAAGUGGGUUCAAACUCCGGUGAUUGUGAGCUUUGCGGAGAAAUCGACUCCGGUGUGGCAGAUUCCCUUUCCGGCGGUUACCAUCUGUCCGCAGACGAAGGUUCAAAGUAAGAAGUUCAAUUUUACCGAGGAGUUUGACGGAUAUUUGGAGAUGUCUUUGGAGGAACGUCUAUCACAUAAUAGGUCAGAUGAAAUCCUAGCGAUAAUGCAUUUAUGUGAACGUAACUUUUAUCGAAUGUUCAUGACUCGAUUUAAAUUCCCAAACUUUACAACUCCACGAAAUUACGGAGGUAUCAUACAGAACAUGUCGUUGGAUAUGUAUGACUACUUGGCGGAUUGUUCGAUAGUCGGUGAAAAUUUGCCCUGUCCUUUAAUCUUCAAAGAGACCAUGACCGAAGACGGAGUUUGUGCGACUUUCAACGGUCUAUCCGCCAAUGAUUUGCUACGAACUGAAGUUCUUCAAUCGGAAGUGUCCUACAUGACUGCAACUGACCCUUCUCCCCACUGGACACAAGAGAGCGGUUACUCUGCGCAAGCUAAUCUCUCAGCUUAUCCGUUUCGAACGCUUGGAUCCGGAAUUGGAGCAGGUCUAUUUCUUCUUCUAAGAACCGAUGACGAAGAUAUUGACUACAUCUGCCGUGGACCAGUGCAGGGAUUCAAAGUUCUGUUUCACUCCCCAGCGGACUACCCGCAGAUCUCGAAGAAGUUCUUCCAAAUCCCGAUGGAAGCGGCCGUCAGUAUAGCGAUAAAACCACAAAUGAUCACCACGAACCCACGACUUCGGGAUUACACCCCCGAAGUUCGUCACUGCUUCUUCAACCACGAGCGCUACCUGCAAUUCUUCCGCGUGUACUCCCAGGACAACUGCGAGCUGGAAUGCCUCACGAACUUCACCCUUCGCCACUGUGGUUGCGUCAAGUUCUCAAUGCCCCGUACGAAUCAAACCCGGAUGUGUGAUCCUGACGAAAUUCGUUGUAUGAUUAACGCCGAAAAUACACUCAUGGAGAUGGAUCUGGUGCAACAUCGGGAGAGCUCGGCAGAGGAAAAUUUUCGGGCAAACUGUAACUGCUUGCCCGGGUGUACCUCGAUGCAGUACGACGCGGAGAUUACCACGACCGACUUCGAGUGGAUGAACUGGGUGCGGUCGAUGAAGCUGUCAACGCAAAUGAUUGAAGGCAUGCAAAUCUCCUACCUCGGGAUCUACUACAAGGAGCCCCAGUUCAUGACCUCCAAGCGGAGCGAGCUGUACGGAAUGACGGACUUUUUGGCCAACUGUGGUGGGAUUAUGGGACUUUGUAUGGGCAUCAGUCUGCUCAGUUUGGUGGAGUUGGUGUACUUUUGCUCGGUUCGACCGGCCAUGUUGUGGCGAGGGAAUAGGAAACGCAAGAGGAAGUCCAGGAAGCAGAAGAUGGAAGAGUGUGCGGAUAUAUGUUUGGAGGCGAUGGUGGUAAAGAGUGAUUGAAACUUAGCUUUUGAUACUGAGAUAUUAGGGAAAAGCAUGCAUUUCCAUCGGGCACAUAAUAUGGACAAAACAGCACUUUGAAUUUCGAUUACUACUUUUUAAAAGCGUUUUCAUAUUAAAUGAAGUAUGAACAUCAAGCUACCCAAAAAAAAAAAACAUAAUCAAAUGCUCUAUUUGAAAUUUAACAGGCAUGUGUAAAAUCGAAAUCAACCUCAAGGUAUACUAAGCCCCCUUAGCGUAAUUUUAAGAUCGCAAUAUUUUGCUUAUUUUUGAAACCAAAAUCCAACCGUUCUAUGAUAGCAGAGCUGAACAACUAAUCCGUACACAGAAAAUAUAAUCCUUCGUGGUUCUCAAAUCCAUGAACACAAUUCACAACUUCGAGAAUUGAUUUUUUUCCGUGUACCUCCAUUAAGUACAAAUAGAUCCAUUUAAAGAAUAUAAAUGUCUCCUCAAACAUAUGUUUUAUUCUUGCUGACAUCAAUAAACUCCUCUUGAAAAAUCCAAACCAAAAAUUCGUUUGAUUUUACAUGUUCCCAACUAUUUUUUUCUAGAUCCACAGAAUUCCAAUAAUCAAACUGAACGCUGUUUAGUUAAUUUUUUAAAAUUUAGUUUUGAUACAGUUUUAUGCAGAAUCAAAUUUGCAUUCGAUAAGUACGUUGCCAAAUAUUUAAUAAAGAGCACCGUUUUCGUGAUAUGGCCACAUAUAGUUAGAAAUUAACUGAAAAUUAGUAAUUUUUAG